CCAUUCAACACUUCCUCCUCGAAUACAACCCUUAAAUGUGCCUUCGCUCCCUUACGCAUGGCCUCCGACAGCAACGAACCCUUCUUGUACUUGCUGCUCGAGUCGAAGUGCAGUCCGGCAGAUGCUCCCGGUGAGGACCGUCACAGGUUGCUCUCUUACUGGAAGUUGGACCUCCGGACUUCUAACGGCACCGACAAUGGGGAGCUCCUCAGUCACUGGUGGCCAGUGAGCAACACAAGCGCAACAAGCUUUAAAGAUCCUGUCAUCCCUCAGCUCGUCAAUGGUAAGUUCAGUCCGGUUAUGGCAGAUGUUGUGGCUAUGGACCUUCUUCCAGGCUCCCCAACGAAACAUUUGGUGCUGGGAGAGAACACUUGGCCCCCACAACUUUCUCGGUCGAAGCUUGCCCUCCUCUCCACCGUUGAUGGCAGUCGAUCUUCGAGCUUAACGAACGUUGGACUGGCGUUUAGCUUUGCGGUGAAUCCGAACAAGACGAAGAUCUUCGCUGCUGAUGCUUCUCCCCCUAAUUAUCGCCUCCUAUCUGCUUCGGUGGCUGCUCCACCGAGCCCGCCCCUAGCCAAUGAGACCCUUUUCGAGCAGCUGGCGGUUUUCCAGAAGGGUGCAUUCGGCAGUGCUAACAUAAGUCAGAUCUGGUUCGGACCCCAGAGCUUCGAUCCUAACGGCAGUUGCCUUUAUCUCGCCGACCGCGAAUACAACAAGAUAUGGGCAAUCGAGCCAUUACCAAACAAGGCGCCUGUGCAUGUGGCAGGGAGGGUCAGUACCAGUACUCAAGCAGUAAACGAUGGUGAUUUCACGACUGCAUCUUUCUUGGCGCCUAGAGAGAUCGUCGUCACCCCAGACGGGUACAACCUCUUUGUGACCUCGGUAGAGGGUUUCCUAAUCUGGAUUACUCUGGAAUCGCCAUGUGGAAGAGCGCAAUUUGUGCAGACCUUGGCAUUCGAUCUAGAGCGUCCGUUCUCUGGACUGGUCAUGCACAGCGCCAACAGUACACACCUUCGCCUCUACCUGGGGACAACUGCCGGUACCAUCUUCGAGUUGGAGAUCAAUCAAGCAUUUUUAUACACGGGCCCUCCUGCACCUCCUAGCGUACCUCCGUCCUCUGCUCCCUUGGAGGAGAACGUGUCCAUUUGGCCCCCCUUCGACAGCCUCUCCCCAUCGUCGCUAUCGCCAUCUUCUUCGCAAGAAUCUCGACUUUCCUUCCCGCCUCCUUCUCCCACUCCCACAGCCAUCGAUUCAUCUGCAGCCCCACUGCCCAAGCGUGAGUCCGGCAGCCGCCAAUACAUGGCCAUACUCAUUCCGUUGGCAGCUGUGGUGAUCGCCGCUGUUUCUGCCGUUGGAUUGCUCUUCUUCUGCCAUCGCCAUCGGCGAGACGAAGCGAACAAGGAGAAAGCCAGCUCACCCUUACCGGGCAAGGAGAUCCCUCUUGGACGGUUUGACGACAGCGCCCUCUUGCUCCCCGCUAAUCCUAUCGAAAGCUUUUCGCUCGAACUGUUGAAAUUGUGUACACGAGGUUUCCAUGAGGAGCACAUGAUUGGAAAAGGCGGCGCGUUUGGACACGUGUACUGGGGUAAGCUCAGCGACACCUCUCCUCCCGUGGCAAUCAAGGUCAUGGAGGGGCGACUGACAGAGAGCAAGCAAAAGCAGUUCGUGGCCGAAGUGAACACUCUGAGCCGACUACAUCAUCAGAACCUGGUCAAUCUGCUUGGCUACUGCGAGGACGAAAGACGAUCGGCGCUUGUCUACCCGUUCUUCCCAGGAGGCAGCCUGUUUCAAAGACUGCACGCCCGGUCGUCCGUACGUGGGCAGCCGACGUUUCCGCCGCUGACGCUGACGCAGCGCGCGUCCAUCGCCCUCCAGAUCGCAGAGGGGCUGCGAUACCUUCACAGCAGUGUGGUUCCUCCGGUGAUUCAUAGGGAUAUCAAGAGCAGCAAUGUUCUCGUUCGUGAUGGGGAGGAAGGCAAGAUCCACGCUGUCGUGUCGGACUUUGGGUUGGCGACUUUCGUCGAGAGAGUGUAUGACGCCUCAGUCGAGGACGUCGUGAGGUCGACGAGCGCUGCGGGGACCAAGGGAUACAUGGAUCCUAUGUAUGUUAACAAUCGUAAGCUAACGGUCAAGGCUGACGUCUACGCCUUUGGAGUGGUAAUCUACGAGCUGUUGACGGGGAAGAGGGCGAUAUGGGAGGAAAAUGGCCAGGAAAUUCCGUUAACGGAUUGGGUGAAGCAUUUUGGUUGGCUGCCGGCUACUCAUCUGCACACGAAGGGGGUUCUCGAUAGAUGCUUGGGAGAUGACAUUGGGAAGGGUUGCGACGAGGAGAACAUGGUUUGCGAGAUGCUUCGAUUGGCAGCGGAUUGCACUGAGGAAGACGAUGACAGGAGGCCCGACAUAGGUACUGCAGCAGAGAGACUGAAAACCACCAUAGCAGAAAAGAAGAGGAGGAACGGUCCGUAGCCCGCAGGUCGUGGUCAAGGACUGUGGACGCUGCCAUUCACUGCCGGGUCAUCACCGUAAUGUACAAAGUUGUAAGGUCUCUGUUGGCAAGUCAUAUUAAUAGACAAUGCAUAAUAGACAAAGGUGUCCAAAUUGCUAGAUCGAUGUAGUCGUUCUAUGCAGGGCAAAUUGUGAAAAUACCGCGCUUUGCAAACGUAUCGUAGCAACUUUACCUGUCCUCGCAGGUUGAGUAAACAAACAAACACGUU